AUAAAACAAAUGCACCAAACUUUGUAUUCGCAAAAAAAGCAAAAUGGCAAGUGGGUGCAGCAAAAACUUGGUGGUCCUCAUGGUAGUAGUUUUGAGCUUCUCCAUUAAUGGCUUCCAAAAUCAAUUUUGCCUUGCCGAUCCUACAGAUGGGUUCCAGCAGGUGGCUAUAUCGAGCAAUGAGUUAGUGUUACAGAAACCGUACGACCAGCCUACUCAGAACCGAUACAGAUCCCAAGAUGGAGUCGAGAAGUUCUGGGUCUAUAACAACGACAAACCCUUCAAACCAGACAGUCCAACAAGGCCUCGCACUGAAAUUCGAAUUCGGGGACAUGAUUAUAGCUCUGGAGUGUGGCAAUUUGAAGGCACAGCAUAUGUGCCAAAAGGCACAUCUGGGGUAACAAUAAUGCAGGUUUUUGGUGGAGCUUCACAAGCUACAACUCUGCAAUUGAGGGUUUAUAAUGGUGAAUUGAGGUAUUAUAGCAACAGGUUUGUGGCUUCUAAUAUCUAUGAUAGGUGGUUCAGAGUGAAUGUGAUCCAUGAUGUUGAACAAGGGAAGGUUACAGUUUUCAUUGAUGGAGCUCAAAAGCUUGUGGUGGAUGAUAAAGGAAGAGCUACUAUUUACUUCAAAUACGGAGUUUAUGCAGCACCAGAAGGUUCAAGCAACUACAUGGAAUCAAGAUGGAGGGGUGUCAAAAUUUUCAAGAAGUAGUUUCUUUGGGUUAAUUUCUAUUCUAGGUGGUGGGUAAUGAUGAGUAACUAUAAUAAUCAUUAGCUCGAUAAUAAAAUAUUCUGAAAAUAAUGCCUAAAGGUGUAAAAGAUUGUUUCAAGACUAUGAAGCAUUAAUGUUAAUUGCAAUUUCUAUUGUAUACACGAUAUGAUCAAGGGAAAGAUUAAAAAUCA